CUAGAAAUAUAAAUACACCCUCUCCCGUUUCUUCUCCUUCUUCGAUUGAAAACCUCCGCCACCAGUCUUGUCUCCCUCUUCGAUCUGACCGAGCAGCACCAAGACGGCGACGACAAUUCCCACCUGCGACACAGGCGCACGACGAUCGGCGGAAAACUAGAACCCCGGCGGCGGCGACACGCGAUGACAGCGCCCAGGGAUUCGGUGGUGAGCAGACCUGACCCGGUUCCCUGGUGGCUCCCUCUCGAUUUCCGGCGGUUGGGCGGAGGUGGCAGGUGGCGUGGGGGACGAAUUCUGCCAGCAAACCCUGUCCAGCGACCUCUAUUCCGGCGACGGCGAAUCAGCAGCGGGCAACCCUCUUUUCCGGUAAAGCGCAGCGUUAGACCAACGAUGAUUCGGUGACCCCCCUGGUUCCAACGAUGAUCAGGCAGCAAGUCAAUCCGGCCAGAACAGGCAGUUUCGACAAUCAAUUUGGGUGACCGGCUUCGGGUGACGUUCCUUGGAAAUGAAUCGAACGAACGAGGUAAUCAUGGAGGGGUUGAUCUCGAAGGACAUCUCAGAGCGCAGCGUGACGGAGGAGAUGUACGGAUGCAGUGAUUAAAGUAUUGUUUGAUUUAAUUACAAGGCUUCCGCACUAUUUGUAUAAACUCUGAUAUGUAAA